AUGCAAUUUGAGCAGCUCCUGCUCGAUCACAUGAACCUAAGAAAUGUCAUUGCACCUGACCCGUACAUCUCUGUUGAGGUGGACACAGUGAUUGAUCAACGUCCAUUAACACGAGUUGGGAGAGAGGCCAGAGCCGGCUCAGGCGCUGAGCCCCGCCCAAAGCCGGGCCCCCUUGAGCGCGGCCAUCCGGCGGCUGCAGCGGCGCGGCGGCGCCUCCGGGUGUCGCUGUUGGCCGCCGCCGAGCGGCGCUGGAGCCGCCGCCGCCGCCGCCGCAGCGUCCUGCCCCCGCAGGCUGCUCGCUCGCCCGGCGCCGGCCACAGCGGCAGCGGCACCGGCGGCAGCGGCAAGAGGCGGCGGAAAGCGGCGGAGAGAGGCGGAGAGAGGCGGAGAGAGGCGGGCAGCAGCGGCGUCCGAGUGCGGCCCGAGCGGCCUCGCCGCGCUGCCUUUCGGCGAUCCGUGCGGUGUGCGGCGAGAGCGGCCGGAAGGGAGCGGCGGGGCAGCGGCGGGAGGCAGCGGCGCGGCGAGCUGUGGCGGCGGAGAAUGGCGGUGAGGCUCGGGCGGAGGCUCGGCACGGGCGGCGGGCGAGCGCUGCCGGCCGCGGUGCUGCUGUGCCUGUGGUGGCGGGCGGCGGCCGAGCGGGUCCGCUACGCCAUCCCCGAGGAGCUGGGCAGAGGCUCGCUCGUGGGGCCGCUGGCGCGGGACCUGGGGCUCAGCGCGGACGAGCUGCCGGCGCGCAAGCUGCAGGUGGCGUCUGGCGGCAAGAAGCAGCUGAAAUACUUCACGGUGAAUGAGGAGAACGGGAACAUGUACGUGAAUGAGAGGCUGGAUCGGGAGGAGAUGUGCGGCGCAGCUGCGACCUGCUCCGUCAGCUUCGAGGCUUUAGUGCAGAACCCGCUGAAUAUUUUCCACGUCGAGGUGGACAUCCAAGACGUGAAUGACAACGCGCCGCGCUUUCUCAGAAACAAAUUCCAGCUGGAAAUCAACGAGUUGACUUCUCCCGGCGCCCGGUUUCACUUGGGCAUGGCAGAGGAUCCUGACGCGGGCAGUAACUCGCUACAGGGCUACGAGCUGGAGGCCAAUGGGUACUUCACGGUGGAGGUGAAAGAGAGCCCAGACGGCAGCAAAUCCGCGGAGCUGGUGCUGCGUCACGCAUUGGACCGGGAGACCGAGCCAGGCCUGCGGCUAAUGCUGAUUGCGAAGGACGGCGGAGACCCGCCCCGGACCGGCACGGCCCAGCUCUGGAUCAACGUCACCGACGCCAAUGACAACCCACCCGUGUUCGCGCAGGAGCGGUACCGCGUCACCCUGCGGGAGGACACGCCUCCGGGAUCGACGGUGCUGAACGUGUCUGCCUCCGAUGCUGACGAGGGCACCAACGCCCACAUCACCUACGGCUUCGGUGAAAUGGCGGCCAAGGUGCUUCAGAAGUUCACGGUGGAUGCGCAGAGAGGGACGAUAACGCUGCAGGAGGCACUGGACUUCGAAGAGGCGCGGGCGUUCAGCCUGGCUGUGGAGGCGACUGAUGGCGGUGGUUUGGUGGCACACUGCAAGGUGGAAGUGGAGGUGCUGGACGUGAACGAUAAUACGCCGGUGAUCACAAUUCUGUCCCUCUCGAGCCCCGUGCCCGAGGACGCGCCGGUGGGCACCGUGGUGGCUCUGCUGAACGUGAACGACCCAGACUCGGGGGAGAACGGUCAGGUGUGGUGCGAGCUGUCGGGCGAGGCGCCGCUGUCGAUCGUGGCGUCGGCGGGCGGCUCGUACAAGGUGGUGACGGCGAGCGCGCUGGACCGCGAGCAGGCGUCCGAGCACCGCGUGACGGUGGUGGCCCGCGACCGGGGCAGGCCGGCGCUGCGGAGCAGCAGGGAGCUGGCGCUGGAGGUGUCGGACGUGAACGACAACGCGCCGGUGUUCGAGGAGGCGGCGUACAGCGCGUACGUGGCGGAGAACAACGCGGCGGGCGCGCUGGUGCUGCGCGUGCAGGCGCGGGACGCGGACGCGGGCGCCAACGGGCGCGUGAGCUACUGGCUGGCGGGCGGCAGCGCGGGCGCGGCGGGCGCGGCGCCGCUCGUGUCGGUGGAGGCGCGGAGCGGCGCGCUGUACGCGCAGCGCUCCUUGGACUACGAGCAGUGCCGCGAGUUCGCGGUGGCGGUGCGGGCGCAGGACGGCGGCGCGCCGGCGCGCAGCUCCACGGCCACGGUGCGCGUGUUCGUGCUGGACCGCAACGACAACGCGCCGCGGGUGCUGUGGCCGGCGGCGACAGCGGGAGGGGCCGCGGCGGCCGCCCCGACGGCGUUCGAGGUGGUGCCGCGCUCGGCCGAGGCCGGCUACCUGGUGGCCAAGGUGGUGGCGGUGGACGCGGACGCGGGGCGCAACGCGUGGCUGUCGUACGAGCUGGUGCAGGCGUCGGAGCCGGCGCUGUUCCGCGUGGGGCCGCACAGCGGCGAGGUGCGCACGGCGCGGGCCGUGUCCGAGCGGGACGCGGCCAAGCAGCGUGUGGUGGCCGUGGUGAAGGACCACGGGCGGCCGCCGCUGUCGGCCACGGCCACGCUGCACGUGGUGCUGGCCGAGAGCUUGCAGGAGGCGCUGCCGGAGCUGAGCGAGCGGCCGGCGGGCGCCGAGGAGGCGGCGGCGGCCGAGCUGCAGUUCUACCUGGUGCUGGCGCUGGCGCUGCUGUCGGCGCUCUUGGUGCUGAGCGUGGCUCUGGCCGUGCUGGCGCGGCUGCGCCGGGCCGGGCCGCCCGCCGUGCUGCGCUGCCUGGGCGCGCAGCGCUUCUCGGUGGCCGGCGCCGCCUUCCCGGCCGACUUCUGCGAGGGCACCUUGCCCUACUCCUACAACCUGUGCGUGGCGGCGCCGGCCCGCGCCGUGCCCGAGGCCUCUUGGCCCCCGCCGCCGCCGCCGCCGGUGCCCGUGCUGUCAGCGGAGGAGCUUCUGGGCGGCGAGUCCUGCGAGAAGCAGAUCUCGAGCAGCAGCGUCGCCGAGGGCGAGGUGCCCACUGAUCCCCACGCACCGCAGACUCUGACACUGUUUCGAUCCGUAAAAAGGGAGGGCGGGCAGCGCUCGGUGCUGCAGUGCCGGGAGGAGGCUGCGGGCGCCGCUGUUGACCGAGAGGAGCGAGAGGAAGCUCGGAGCGCUGCAGCCCCGCCCGCUGCGGACCCGCUCGACCGGUUGCUGGCUACCUGA